AACAGUGCACGUGCACGUGUUUGUGUCUUUCAAAAAAGUUAACUAAAAAUCUCAAUAAAUAAGAAUUGUUUCAUUGAGAUGAACAAUAUUUCGAGUUUAUAGAUAAGUGAAUUUGCAUUUUACCAAUUAAGAACAAGUAAUAAUUUUUAAUAACCGUAAACUCCUGAGUACUGCAAAAUGACGACGUCUCUUGCAGAACAGUUGAAUAGGUUGCGAGCACCUCAAACUUCAUUAUUGCUUCAAGAUAAAAAGAGACCUAGUUUAUUAUUUGAUCCCAAGGAUGCUGCUAAUCUUGACAGAGAAACUGUUUUAAAUAUUGGUCUAAGUGGACUGAAGGAAUUAAUCAAACUGAGCAAUCUUUUUGAAGAAUUUGAAGGAACUUUAUUUGCACAAAGUUCUCUGAAUUUAGAGCGUGCUGUACAAGGCUCUAAGCUUAAUAAAAAAUUAGAUGCAAAUAUUGAGAAAUUUUUGAUACUUCUUGCACCUUAUUUUCUAUUAGAUUAUUCACAUAAAGCUUUGGAAUGGCUUAUUCGCAGAUUUCGUAUUCAUCAAUAUAACAAGGACCAAUUUCUAUUGUUGAUUCUACCAUUCUACGAAACACGCAUGUUUGCAAGAGCAUUACAAUUAGUGGAUGUAUCAGAUGCUACAGAUAAAUGGCAUUGGUUAAAAUCAGUUCAAAAAACAAGAGGUCCUCUCUCCUCUUUAGUCUUGAUAAAUCGAAUGACCUCCGAUAAUGGUUUCUUCAAAUUGAUUUGUAAUCAUGUGAUUAAUGCAACAAAAAUUUAUGGUUCUCAAGCAACAAGUUUAGCAACAUUGUAUAAUUUUUAUACAUCUACACUUAUCAAGUCAAUUAAUCGAAUUACAACUAUUUCUGAUAUUCAAAUUAAUCAUUUGCUUCCAGCACUUGUUAGUGGAUUAUCAAGUUCAAUUCAAGAUUUUGCCGCUGGUAGUUACAUGAUUUUUUUCACUCUCAACACUAAAGUCAAACUCAAAGACGAUACCAUUGAUUAUCUUUUAUAUAAAUCUUUUAAACGUUCAAGUAUGCAUUAUGGAACAUUACUGUUUUUAAUUUCAUUUUAUAAUUCAUACACCAAUCCACUUGAGACAAUUUCUGAUAGACUAGUCGUUCGUUUAUCAAAUUUAUCAUGGUUUAUAGAAAAUCUUAUAAAAAUUAAAUCAUCUGGUGUAAAAACAUCGAAAUUCAUUGGACUUCUUUUGGAAUCUGCACUUCGUUAUAUUUUAAUAAAUCCCAAUGAAUCGGAGAAUGUUGAAAAAAUGAUGGAUGAUAUUUUUCAAAAAGUUUCACUAGACGAUGAAGUGGAUAUAUUUUUAACAUCAAUUUUAAAAAAUAAAUUAGUCAAUCUUGUGAGAACAGAAGAAUCAAAACAAUAUCUAAUGAAUUUAUAUAAAUCAUUAGAGAAAAGUUAUCCAAAUAAAUUUGAUGAGAUGCUAAAGAAAAUAAUGAAUUCCUGUGAUAAUAAUGAGGAUGCAAAGGAAAAUUUAAAAUUUCUCAUGUCAUGGCACGAUGGUGCACGUGAUUCUGAGGGUUCAUUGGAGAUUUUAAAUAAUUUAUCACACGCCAAUUCAGAGCAACGAAUUUUGGCAUUGAAAAUAAUAUCAAAAAAUUCAAUUGUAAUAUCGGAAAAUUUUCAAGAUUUAAUUUAUCAAACUUUAUUGGCACGAUUUAAUGAUGAUGACGAUCAUGUUAUUGGUACUUUACUUUCAUUUUCAACUAAACGAUUAAAAGAACUUUUUUCCGUUCAAGUAUUAGUGGAAAAAUUAAUGAUUCUCGUUUCGAAAUGUAAUGCAAAAAAUCGAAAAAUUGUUGCUGAGCCAGCAAUAAAAAUUCUUUUGGAAAUUUGUGAUAAUGGAGAAGACGCAAGUGUAUUUCUAGUUGUACUUCCUUAUAUAUUUCCAAUUGUCAAUGAUCAUGUGAAAAUUAGUUUAGAAAUUUUGGAUUCAAAUUUUGGUAAGAGGAAUAAAUUUUUUCGUACACUUAAAAAAGAAUUGGAGGAGGAUCUCAAUAAACGUCGAAAUGAAUCUGUUGAAAAAUUAUCAAAUUUAGAACAAAUUAAAUUAAUAGCCAAUGAAGAGAAGGAAUCAAAAAUGAUUGCUGAAUGGUUAGUGUCAAUGAGUUUUCAUUCACUUUUAAAUAAAGAUUUAUUACCACCAACGGAUAUUAUAAUAAAUACAAUGAAACAACAAAUGAAUGGCGAUGCGGCUUUUUUAUUUUUUAAUAUGCUUUUACUUGGUUCAGUUUGUCGUGUACCAGUUGGUUCACUUUCAUUUGAUGUUGCAAAAGAAGCUAUUGAAUUAGUUUCAGAAAUGUUGAAAAAUUACAAAAAUGUUCGACUUUUGCCCGAUACUUCACAUUUGACAGAUCAAAAAAUGCCAGAAGCACUUUCUUUAACGUCAAAAGGAAUUCUUCCACUUCAAGCAGGAACCUAUGUUUUGGAAAUGAUACACAGACGUCUUGAUUUUAAAUCCGAAAGUUUUAUGUUUGAUUUUGAAAAUGACGAAGAACGAAGUAAAUUAAUUGUGAGAUUAAUUGAAAUUUAUUUAAAUGGUACAAAUAAUAAGAAGACAAAAUCACACUAUAUGUGGUGUUUAAAAAUAUUUUUUCAAAGACAUUUUGCUGAUUUGCAAAAUCUUUUGCAAUUUUUGUCCCAAUUAUUUAAUGAACCAGUGAAAAAGGAAAUUUCCUAUCACGCACUCGAAAUGACACUUCAAUUAUUAAAUGACUGUAAAUCAUUUCAAUGGAUUUUUAAGGAUGAAAUAUUUAUCAGUAAUUUAUUAAUAAGUUUAACGUCAAAAAUAAAUAAAUGUCGUGGAAUUUCUGUUAAUAUUUUGAAAAAAAUUUCACAAACAUUUAAUCUCAAGGGUGAGGGAUUUUUUACACUUCUACAGGAAUUGUCAAUGAGAAGUCAUGAAAUUGAUAUGGAUUCUGAACAAUGUAGUUUGAUACUUUAUUUUUUGUUAUCACCAGAUCCGGACGUACGUCAUUUAUUAAAUGAUGAUGUUAGGGAGAAAUUGAAUGAGGCGCAAAAAAUGCUUUUUGAUGUUAUUAGAAAUGAAAAAAUUCCCAUUCAUUUGAUUGCACAAUUACUUGAUUGUUUGAUUAAUGUGAAUGGUGCAACAAUUCUCAAAUUAUUGGCACCACUUGGAUUAAAAUUUCUUGCAAUGGCAAAAAAACAGCCGGAAAAUAAAUACAUUAGCAUUGGAUUAACAAAUAUUUUACAAAGAAUUAAUAGCAGUUGUGUAAGUGCUCUACAAUGUAAGGAUGUUUGGAAAUUAUUUGAAAUGUCACUCUCGGAUCAUACAUCACAAAUUUUAGUGAAAAAUACCCUAAAAUCGCCAAGUAUGAUAAUAAUAAAACAAAUUGAUGAGACAUUUUUUGAGAAUUUAAAUAAAAUCUCACCACAAUUGCAGAGGAAUCUUUUUUCAAAAUUAAUUGACGUUAUCACUGAUUGUGAAGUGAAUAUUGUUAGUUCAAAGGCAAGUAAAGCAUUUAGAAGAAUAAAAAUUGAUGCACAAUUUAUUGUUAAUGAAUUAAAAGAAAUGACAAAAUCUGAUUUGAAAAAAAUUGAAACAAAAACAAAGAGAAAAUUAAAUCAAGUUUCACAAAAUCCUGAUUUAAUUAAUACACAUAAAUGGAAGAGAGGUAUAACUUUACUUGAAUUUAUAAAAACUGCAACAAACAUUGAAAAUGAGAAAAUUCUCAUUUUACCUUUAUUUGAUCUUCUUCGUACUUGUCUCAGUUUUGAAAUUCAAGAUCCCGUUGAAUAUACAAAUCAAUUGGUACUUUCGGCACUUCAUCUUUUGUCAACUAAAUCACUUCCAAUUCAAGGUGCACAUUUACAUAUUGCCUUAAUAGCCGAGUGCAUUAGAAUUUCACGAAAUCCCCAAACACAUUAUUAUGCACUAUCGCUUUUAGUUGAAUUGUUUAAAGUUGCCGAUACACAAAGUGCUCUUAAUAAUAUUAUGCCAAUUUUCACAUUUAUGGGUAGCUCUGUAUUAAGACAAGAGGAUUCUUAUUCAAUUCAAAUAACAUCGAAAACAAUUGAGACAAUUAUUCCCGUUGUGAAUGCAGGUAAUGAUGAAAAUAAAACCUGUGAAAUAUUACGUCUCUUUAUUACUUCAUUACCUGAUAUUCCUGAACAUCGUAGAAUUCCAAUAUUUGUCAAACUUCUUCAAUUUUUAGAAAAUUAUAUACAUCUUUAUUUCUUAUUGACAUUUGAAUCACAUGUUUUGUCAGAGCAAAAUAAUAUUCAAGGACGUGCACAAAAAAUGGAAUUUGCUCAACAAAUAUCACUUGAAUUUUCAUCGCAAAAAAUGAUUAAUAUUUGCGUGAAAUUGGUGCAAUUUUUGAAAAUUUUACCAAUUGAAAUUGAUGACGAUCGUCAAAAAAUAAGAAAACAUGGAUUUAAAAAUAAUCAUAUAUUUAAUGUUGAGAAAAAUUCACCAAAACAAUUGCGACACUAUAAAUAUACAAUUGUACAAUUUUUAAGUCAACUUCUCUCGCGAACAGAAUUUAUUAAUCAAAUUGCAGAAUUAGAUUUAGAAACAAUGAAUGAAUUAAUGUGUGAUUUUGAUAAAUUAAUUAUUGAAUUGGUAUUAAUGAUACAAAGUACAUCGAAAAGUGUUGAAUUACAUCAGGGUAAACCAAAGGGGAAAUAUUGGAAAAUUUUAUUGCGUCAUUUAUAUGAUAUUUUGGAUUUGGUGAACAGUUUAUUGCCAAAUAAAGCAUUUAUUGAGAGUAUUAAGAGGCUCGUUAGUCAUGAAUUGUUGAGUGUUAGAAGAAAAGCAUUGGAAUUAUUAAAUGCAAGAUUACAACAAAGGAAUUUUGGUGAACAAGAUCAUGAUGAUUUGUUGAGUUUAAUGGAUUCAUUUUUGGAUAUACUUAAAGGUCCACAUAAACUUCUCAGUCAAGAAAUGGAGAUAAUACAACAAACGGCUUUAAUUAGUAUUAAAUUAUUAGCCAAAUUCCUCGCUACAGAACAUCCACAAAAUUUCAAACCGAUUCUUGAGUUGACAAUAAAUUUGGUGAAAAAUAGAAAUGGACCAGUUUUGGGUAGUGCAACAGCAUGUAUUGGAGAAUUAUGUAGUUCAAUGAGAAUUCAUGCAAUUUAUUCACUUAAUAAAUUUUUCCCGGCAAUUUUGACACUAUUGGAGAAACAAAUUUAUCAAGAAGUACCGGAUUUAAUAAUGAUUAGUAUCGUUUGUGCUCUUCAGAAAAUAGUUGAUACAAUGGCCAAUUUAAUUUCGCCUUAUUUCGAUCAAUUAUUGUUUGAACUCUCUCGACUUAAUUCACUGUAUAUCGAUUCUGAAAAUCCAAAGAUAGGAAUAGUUGUCUCAAGAUUGAAAGCAACAGGAAAUAAACUUGCUAGCUCAGUGCCUCUUAGAGUUUUAUUGCCAGCUGUAAAAAAUACCUACGACGAGCUUUUAUCUAAGAAAAAAUACAAAUACAUUGAUCCUCUAUUGGGUAUUUUGGCUGAAUCGUUUACAAAUAUACAAGCAUCUGAUUUAAAUACUGCUAUGCCAAAUUUAAUAACAUUUUUCUUAAAUAUCUUGGAAUUCCGUGAACAAGUUGUAAAAUCCGAAGACAUGGAAAUUGAUGACGAUAUUGGGGUUGCCUUGUCGGAUAUGAAAAACGUUGAAGAGAGUGCAAGUAAAACAAUGGUGGCAUUAAUAUUUAAAUUAAAUGAAGAUACAUUUAGGCCAUUUUAUUAUAGAUUAUACGAUUGGGCAGCGAGAAAUCCACAUCAUAAGCAUCGAAAUAUCACUUUUUAUAGAUUAUCAGCGACAAUUGCGGAUUCAUUGAAAUCACUUUUUGUACUUUUCGCUGGGCACUUUUUAAAACACGCUGCUUUACUAUUGAGCGCAAAUAAUUUAUCAAUAAACGAUGAAAUUCAAGAAACGACAAUUGAUGAUGAAUCAAGUAGAAUUGAACUUAUUGAAGUGAUAUUAUUAACACUUCUCAGAGUCUUCUCUUACAAUGCUCACGAUUUCUUAACUCAGGAACGUUUUAGUAUUCUUCUUCAGCCAAUAGUUGAUCAAAUAGAAAAUACCAUGGGAACUAAGGAAGAAUAUGAGAAGCGAUCAAAUGAAUUAAUUGUUCCAUGUGUGGCGUCUUUUGCUGCUGCCACUUCUGAUGAUUCGUUACAUAAACAACUUGUUUAUCAAAUUCUUCUUAAAUCAAGACACACGAAAGCUUAUGUCAGAAAUUCUGCUCUCAACUCUAUUGUGGAAAUAGCGCGAAAAUUAGGCGAAGAAUUUAUGCCACUUUUGCCGGAAACUGUACCGUUCCUAGCAGAAUUAUUGGAAGACGAGGACGAAGUCACUGAGAAGAAUGCACAGAAUGCAGUGAGAACACUUGAAGAAAUCCUUGGCGAACCACUUCAGAAAUAUUUCUGAUUUCACGAGCACUUAAAAUUUAUCGAUGUUUUAAAAUUCUUUUAUUAUAAUUUUAAAACAAGAAUACGUCUGUUUAAUACGUGGUAUUAAUUCCAGUUAAUUAUAAGAGAUUUAUAAAUAUAUAUAUAAUAUAGUUAAUUGAUUAUAAAAUUUCGCGAGAAAUUAUCUUCUUAAUUUGUAAAAUAUAAAUAUGAAUUGAAAUUAUAUUUAGGAAAUGAUAAAUAAAUAAAGUAAAAUUGUCUAUUUUACGAAAAACA